AUGGCUACUUUAUCUACCCCAGUUCCGCCAUUGAUCAACCAACAUGCUCCAUUAUUGAAGCCAAAGCUAUCAGAAAUCAUCGUUCAUCUACCAUUCAUACCUUGGUCUAUCCCAAGCGAAAGCAAACUUCAACAUUUAUUCGAUAAGUUAAUUGACAGAAUACAAAACGCCAGGUCCAUCGAUGGAACAAUCAAAGAAUCGAUAUCCAACUCCCUCAACAUAGUCCCAAGAGUACACAGACCUCCUUCAUGGAAGUUCAUCAACAUCGAGCUAGUCUUCGAAGACUCGAAAGAUAUUCAUGCAAUCCAUGAAAGAUUCAAAGAGAUCAUAAAAGAUUUUGCCCAUAGCCUGGAAUAUCUUCAGAGUUGUCCUGUUUACGUCAGUAAUGCCCAGUCUAUACCAGAUGGUGGCUCUCAUGUUCGUGGAGUGGUUGAUCGCGAUGAACUACUCCAUUGCAUUCCUCGCCCUUACAUGUUGAAUUGGCGGCCACCUCCACAAUUAGAAUCUGCGGAAGCGCGAAGCCCAAAUGCCAAUCAGUGUAUAAAAACUAAGGCGGGGAUUGCACAACUACUUACAAUCAGUCUUGGACCAAGUGACGUUAAGCUGCGUGAAGGCUCGCAGAUAUGCAACUCGGAUAUGACACCUGAUGUCAGCUCUAGGACACACGGCCCGAGCCCAGCAUUAUCGGAUCUUCAGUUAGACUUUACAGAACUAAGCAAAGAGUUCUAUAAACAAGCUAUUAGUACGGUGAAUUCCAACAAAGCCGUGCCUGCGGAAAUGACCAAUUCGAAUUAUAUAUCAGAUAACAGCUCUGAGGCAGAUCACAUGACAUUGAAUCUAGAAUCAACCCACUCUGAGCUGGUUCAGAAAUGGGUUGAGCAACUGAGAAGACAAGACACUGGACUCAGAGAAACGUUGCAUCCAUACUCCCUGAAAGAGGAUAAUUCGGGCUCAAUGGUUGAGUGGCCAUGGGUUCAAACUGAACUACAUGGAGCUGGGACACGGUCCUCAAUCCUAAAAGCUUCUCCAGAGUCAGACAUCAAAGAUUCACUUGUUUCAAGACCCAGUGUAUCUGACAUAGCGGGGGGAAAUUCUGGGUCAAACACGGAUCGGUCAACUCUAUUCAGUAUCGAACCCCCUUGCGCUGAUUUAAGCAAAGCUUGGCGACAGUAUCUGCUUGACAGCAAGUCCAGCCCGAGCUGUAUCCGCGGAAUCAUUACUGAAGCAGACAUCGAACAAUCAGCUUCGCCGGUCCUUGAUUCAGCUUCUACUCAUCUACGCGGAGGAUGUGCAGUAGGCUGGAAAUUUUACGGACAACGCGCUAAGAAAAUCACUAAGAGAAGCCAACAACAACAUCACUGCCAGUACGACAUAGAUCUUGGUUAUGGUGGUUCUCACCUUUUUGCGCAAACGUUCCCUGACUAUGAUCCAACCGUGGACCUAAUGUAUAUGUGUGAGGCUAAUGAAAGAUAUCGUGUUGAUGCACACAUCACUUCGAAGAGGGCAGAGAAUGAACGGGAUAUAAUAUGCGAAGCUCUUUCCAUGAGACAAGAAUCAAUUGAAUGGUCAGAGGUCUCGAGUAAUUCAAUUCGCAGCAUUCGAAGCAAUAGCUCCAGUGCCCAUUCCGAUCCAAGGCCUGGCCCCGAAUCAACUAGAAUGCACUUGAGGGGAGGGGAAACAUAUGUCGAUACGGAUGUUCUGAGUAAUGCACCAUCGGUAUCAUCAGGACGGAGUUACAAACGUGAAAGCUAUUGUUCUACGGGAAAAGCCUUCAUCAAAUUCUUAAGGGAAAAGGUAAUUGGCAAGAAGCAAACCCAGAAUGAAAGGAAAAAGGAGAACAACGAGCAUGAGGCAUUUACUUCGAAUGCACAUGAUAGAUUUUAUCGGUUUGAGCGACAAGUGGCAGCUCUAGAAGCGGAGUUACGCCAGAUUGAGAAGACUUUUCCAAAAAAUAGCGCUAUUGUGGGCGAGUCUAGUGAUAUCUCGAAAAAAACGGAAAGGAUACGUGCGCUCGUGUUGAGACUCGAGGGCAUACAAAAACGGCUUAUGUAUUUUGAUUGUAAGAAGGCAGGACGGACCAGGGAAGUUCUCCAGAAUAGAAACAAUCUGGCACGAACUGCCCAAUCCAAUAUACCUGUUAUUGAUCGGGGUGGAGGGGGGCUUCAAUGCGCACGUUAUAGAUGUUGUCGUACAGUAAACAAAUUCUGCAAAUCCAUAACUGAUAGGAAGAAACCUCAAAAUGAAGGAAACGGACAGACCACAAUAAAAGAAGAGGACAAGGAGAACGAGCACCAACGGUCGGGUAAACUCACAGUUCGGGAUGAUGACAUACCGCUCCCAUUAAAGCGUCUUUUUGAGGAAUAUAAUCAGCUCGGGGAGGACAUAUUUGCGUUGAAAGUGGAGCUUCAACAGAUUGAAAGGACUCUUGCAGAGAAACACGUCGUAAUGGAGGAUAGGGGUUGUCCCCAAGAUAUUGAAGACACGGAAAGGCUACGGGCGUUCGAGCUGAUUGUGGAGGAGAUACGAAAUCGAAAUGAAGACUCUGUCAAGUUGAUUCAUGAUGGCCAAAGGAGGGCAGAGCGUGCAAAGGCAAUCCUCGAGAGAAAGAUCAGACAUGCACAAGAUGCCGACUUUAAGUCGUCUGCUCUCCCUCGCUGUAGAGAUAACCAAAGGCCUGUCGAGUCUGUUAAACCUUUCAAGCCUAUCAAGCCUAUCAAGCCUGGACAGCCUGGUAGACCACCAGCCCGAAGUGUAAAGGAAAACGUCUCAAGCUCUGAUGACACUAUCAAAAAUAUAUUAAGUCAAUAUGAUCAAGUCUUAGAGGACUUAGAACAUUUACGCGUGAUGGGAAGGAGUCUUGCGGAAAGCGGUGUUAGAGUGGAGCCCUACCCUAGUUUCUGGACAACUUUUAGAGAACUACAUGCAACUGAGAAACUCAAGAAAGAAAUUCAAAACCUGCGUGACCAGGGGCUUACACCCAGUAUCACGCUAGCAAAUGAUGGCCUUUCAAGGGCAAAGAAAGCCAAGAUCCUUGUCGAGGAAAACGUCAAUAUGGCACGAGCUGUUUAUUUCAAUUCGAAAGCGUCUCUCACCCAGCAGCGUGGCGGAGCAGGGUCUGGACGCAAAUGCGAAAGAAUACGUCGGAAACUCGAUAAAUUCACCUCAUUCGUGCGAAAGAUGGUUGACGGGCAUACAGAUCAUGACUGGACACGGGACCAGAGUAUAGACAAACCCAUUGAUACUUUACUGAUUGACUAUGAUCAGCUCGCAUGGGAAAUACAAGAACUGCGCGAUAUUGAAGACGCUCUUGAAGAAAAUGGCGCUAAAGCGUGGAAAGGUGAAGAUUACUUGAACGAUGUGGAAUUGUUAAGAGAAUAUGAUGAAACUCGGCAGGAGAUGCAGCUACUGCGUGAGCACGGGUCGCCAAGUAUCAGACACGUACGUAUUGGAGUCUCUAGAGCAGAGUGCGCCAAGAUAAUCAUGGAGGAAUGGAACAAUGCGCUACGAGCUUCUCUGCCUGCCGUAGAUCCUGUUGUUAAAUCCAAAUUUAAACAAGUUUUUGGACGCCUCCGUGGAGGGGGUCUCGAAUGUAUUGGCGACAGAUCAGGUUGUAACUUUGUACAGGUUGCGCCACAUUUGCGCGGUGGAUAUACUGUAGAGGCUACUAACACAAAAAGACACUUUGCUUCGGUGAGAUGUACCAAGAGAGUUUUGAUGAAAGAACUCGAUAUAACACUCAAUUCCCAGUCCGAAUCAACGGAUACUCGAUUACGCGGAGGAGGUUUUAAGGGAUUGGAUUCUCUUCGAAAUACAUUCGCUAAUACUGGAAAUAAACUAAGGAAUAGUGUAGAGCAAUCUGGUCUGGGACGUCGUCGAGGAGAUAGUGCCAUUGGAGGUCUAAGUUCCACGUCAAGCCGUCAGACGAAUGAAUCUGGACAAAACACACCUCCUCCAACAGGCAUCCGCGUUUCAGUAUAUGAAAUCAUACCCCUCGAAGAUAUUGCAGAGGCUGCAGAGGUUGCAGAAGUUGCAGCACAUACAACCUCCGAAGAGUUCGAAGAUCCCGCAGAGACCAAAGAACGUGAGCGUAAAGAGGGUGAAGAAAUGACCAGACGACAACUUGAGAGGAAGCAGGAAUUGCUUGAUAUUCCUAACGACUUUGCGACCAUAUCGGACGGUUUCCAUGAGCUUGAGAAAUACAUAGGACGUAAACACAAGGUCAUUUGUCACGAACCUGUUGCAAAGCGCGAUUUUGAAGCGAAGGUAACCGAAGACGAAUCCAAACAUAUCAAGGAAUUUAAACAGGCCAAGUGGGAAAUCACAGGUCUGGAAUAUGAAAGCAUCAGGGGUGUACUUAGUCCCAUUCAGAUCACACUCGCCAAGAAUUAUCUGAUAGCGGCAAGGCGCACGAAGGAAAUUUUUGAAAAUUGGUGUGAUAAGAAAGCAGCAUCUCGGAAGCAGAUGCAAUGGUCUAAUUCGGCUGCGGAGGGCACGGAGAAAAUCUUAGAUGAGUGGCACUACGGUGUAGUUUCACAGAACCAUACAUCUUCCCAAGAAGAGCGUGAUUCGUUUCUCCGAAGGGAGCGUUCGAUGGUGUUAGAAAGCAUAAGAAUUAAGUCGGCUCAGAAAAAGAGCGAAGAGCGUGGUGAAUCUUCAAAGAACAGCGCUCCUAUUCCGAUCCAACAAAAGGGUAAAGAGCUUGGAGAAUCUUCGGAGAGUAGUGCUCCUGAUCCGGUCCAGCAAUAUCAGGGUGAAGAGCUCGAUUGUUUUUCGAAGAGUAAUGCUCCUGAUCCGGUCCAACAAUAUCAAGGCGAAGAGCUUGGUUUUUUGACGAAGAGUAUUGCUCCUGAUCCGGUCCAACAAUAUCAAGGCGAAGAGCUUGGUUUUUUGACGAAUAGCUGCGCUCCUGAUCCGGUCCAAGAACUUAUGGAGCAGACGGACAGAUUGCGCAUGGAUAAUCUGCUUUUCGAAGAUCGAACUCCUCCCGCCCGUCGCAAGAAGUCCGAUUUCAAGAAGUUAAAAUAUUUAAAUCUAACCAAUAUCAACGAGGAAAUCGAAGAGCAGGCGAUGCUUUCAAAAGAUAAAAUAGUUGAACUUGAAAUAUUGGGAGCCUCGCACGAUGAGGCUAUUAAAGCGUUGACGGCUGCCAAAGGUGAUGUUUCAUAUGCGGCUACUCUUUUCUUGGUGCCGGGGGAUCCUGAGGAUGAGGAGAUGGGGCCCCUGCCGCGAUUUCCAUUGGAGGAUAUACAUCAGCUUAUAACUUGUGGAGCCACGGGUAGUCAGGCAGUUAAAUCAUUGGCGGCUUCGGGGGGUGAUGUUUCGGAGGCCGCGGAACUUUUGUUCCCUCUUAUACCGCCCGGACAAAAGACGAGGGAUGAUGUUUGGGGUGCAGCUAAACCUUUGGUUCCUCUUGUAUCACCGAGGAAGGAGACGAGGGAUGACAUAUCGGUGAACGAUGGGUAUGAUAAUCGAAACGGUAUGACUGAUAGAAAGGGAAAAGGAAAAGCUUUGUGA